AUGUGCAGAGCGCGGUGGCGUCGGUCCCGACUUAUCGCAACAUGGCGUCUAUCGUUGGCGCUGCUUGGCAUUUUGGCCUCUGCAGGACCUGCUAGUGUAGGCGCUAGCCGUGUCUUCCCCAGUGGGCAUAAUUUGGGAGCUGCUGCGGCACCAUAUGACGCAAGCCAAGAAGGCUACGGUGUAUGCGUAGCGGCAGGAUGCAACCAAUUCGAGUCAGAGAGUUCGAAUCCGCAGCAACAGCAGUGCGGCAUGCAUACUGUUUGCAAGCGGUGUCCAACUCCGGGAGUAAGCAACGCUGAUAUUUGCCAUCUAUUCCCCCCUACACAAGGGCGCAUUAAUGUAAUAGAGGGUAGUUUGGACACGACCAGUGCUGCGCACCAUGGACACGGUGAGGGCGGAUCAUCUGAGGGCGACGAGGAUGAUGAGGGCUCUUUUCUGCAGAUCAACUCAUUUGACAUGAAAUUUAGGCCAUCCACCUCAAACGCUGAUAUUAAAACCUAUGCGAAAUCGUGUGCAGUUGACAGGGAGGGAUUCGUAGAUGUUGCCGUUCGAGUGAUUUUGCAGUGGUACAAGGUACCAGGCAAGGAGAGCCCCAAGGCGGCGGCCCACGAGGAAGAAGACGACGAGGGCAUGCUCGAGGUAGAGCCAGCAUCGUCCUUAUCAUUAGAUGAUAUGCGUUUUUCGUCGGAUAAUGAAACCGAUUCGUUUCUCGAAAUAUUCCCACGUUUGGGUGAAAAAUUAAAGGGGAUGUUUUCGUCCGACAAAGAUUCCGACGAUGACGGUUCGGAAGAUGGCGGCCAUGGUGCCGUCGGAAUGGUUAUGCACGGCUUGGCCUCUGCCGGUCACGGCGCCUACAAUCGCGUCAAAAGACUUUUCAAGUCGCCCAAAUUGCAGAUCCACUAUGCCGUGAGCCACCAGACGUUAUCGAGCUGCAGGCAAUCUCAGCGAUGGAAAGGAUCGGUCUCUGGUUCCUCGCUGAUAUUCACAUCUAAUCAGAACAUCAGGAUCCCGUUGUCGAAUCUGCAGAGCAAAUUCUUUAUGGACAACAUAAAGAUACACGUGACGUGCAAGGAUUGUGAACUGCUUCAGUCUCGUUCAUGCGUUCAGGUUCACUGCGCCCAGAAACAGCCCCCUACUCGCAGUCAUGCGUUGCGUAGCUUUACGCGACCGCCAACGACGCCCAUCCUCCAACCUAUCGCUAUGCAUUCGCCGCCUGUUGCCGGGGCCGGACACGCCGUGCCUCCUGUCGCGCACGCGGCUGCCCACACGGCACCGCUCAACGUUGUCUACAACCCUGACACCAUCGUGGCACAUAUCGCACCGCCGGCACACGCUGGGAAUUUUGCAGAAGUUCCCGGCGUCAUGAUUGCCACCAUCGUUAUUCUGCUCUGCACAAUACAACUGCUAGAUUAA